AUGAAUAAAUUUUCCUUAGUUUUUUAAGAUUCCUUAUUGGAAGAAAAAUAUUAAGAAAGCUAAAGACCAUAAAUAUUACAUAGCUUUAAGAUUAAUACAAUUAUACCAAUUAUGUCUUAAGCAUUUCAAGCAGUGUAUUGGAUGAUAAAAAAUUAGAUUGUACUAUCAAUUGUAUAUAUCAUUUUGACAAUUGUAUAUACUUUUUUUUUUUACAAAGUUGUGAUUAGACAAUAGUGGUUUAAAAUAAUUGAUACUUUAGUAUUAUCAUUUAGUUUACAAGCUUCUAUAAUGUAAUUUAUCCCAUUAUGGAUACAGAAUUUAACUGAUUCUGAAAUUAUUUGGAUAGAAGAUAUUGCAAUUUAAAUGGGUUUACAUAUGAACAUAACUCAAAAUCUUGUACAGAAUGCUAUUCUAUAUGCAAUUUUUAUAACAGCUCGAAUUUAUUUCAGAUCCAUCACGGAAUUUAACCCUAUGUGUCUUAUCUUUUUAUUGUUUACAAUUCUUACUUGUUAUAAUGAAUAUUAGAGAAUUAAAGGUCUAAGAUACUAAUUUCUAUGGAAGGAAAAAAAUUUAAACUAAUAUUUCAUUUUUGAUGAUUUGAUAAAAGAGAGUUUAGUCAUUCUCAAUUAUAAUGACGUAUGGGAUAAAUUUAAGGUUGUUUAUGCAAACAAAUAAUUUUAUUCUGAGUAUCAUCAGAAUCCCUUAGAUUUCUUUAAGGAGACUCAAAUUUCUCUAUAGAAAAUGUCCACAUUGACAUUUUUACAUUAUAAAAUUCAAGAUCUUAAGAGUUCUUUUUAGAUUGAAGCUUUCUGGAAAAAUAAGAAUCAACACUUAUUUAUUGAAUGUCGAAAGUAUUCUAUAAUGGAUACUUAAAUUAUUUUAAAGAUUACGACAAAAAAGGCAUAUACUGAAAAUAAUAUGUAUCCACUUUUGUAUAAAGGAAUAUUGAAGAAAUUAAAGAAGAUUGAUAGAUAACAUUAUCAUACAGAAUCAUUAAAGAAUCUUCUUGCUGCAUUGUUAGUAAAGCCAAAAUCUAUUGUUAACUUUAAGAUGCAAUGCAUAAAUUAUAAUAAGUUAAGUGGUCUUCUAAUGAAUAUUUUAAGAGAUAAUUCAGCAUUGUUUUCUUUAAGUUUAAAAUCAGAAGUCUUUUAUACAAAUAUACCAUUACUGUAUAUUUUAAUGAUCUCGAUUAGUAAGUAUUAUAAGGUGAGUACAUUUUCAGUAAAUUAAUUGAAUGAAUCAAUUUUAGAAAUAAUUGUAAAAGGGCCAAUAAAAAAGAAUACAGAAUAGAAUUAACAAUUAUUUAAGAAAUUGAUGGGUAUAAUAGUAGAUUUUAUAGGAAUUGAAUAAAUAAGGAUUGAGAACAAUUAUUUUAUGUGUAAAAUAAUGAAUAUGGAAAAUCCUUUCAUUUCAACAAUGAAUUGA